AUGAGAAAAGUGGAUAAACAUCAGAAGUAUCUUGGCAUUCCUACAAUUUAUAAGAGAUCUAAGAAAAUGUUGUUUCGUGGUUUACUUGAUCGUAUGUGGAAAAAGUUGAGGGGCUGGAAGGAAAAACUAUUGUCACGUGCAGGGAAAGAAGUUUUCAUAAAAGCUGUUAUUCAAGCCAUUCCUACGUACCUUAUGGGAGUCUACAAAUUUUCUGUUGUCAUCAUUCAGGAGUUUAAAUCUGCCAUGGCUCGUUUCUGGUGGGGUGGUAGUUGGGAUGAACGGAAAAUGCACUUGUUGAGUUGGGAUAAAUUGUGCAAACCCAAGUGCCUAAGGGGCUUGGGUUUCAAAGAUCUGGAGGUCUUUAAUGAUGCUAUCCUGGGGAGACAAGUGUGGCGACUAGUUCAGGUCUUGUGUGCAAAAUACUAUCCCCAUGGGAACGUUUUGGAAGCAAGAUUGGGGCUCUCGAAUAGCUUUUCCUGGAGAAGUAUUUGGAGUGCGAAAAGCUUGGUGAAGGAGGGUAUAAUGUGUAGAGUGGGGAAUGGGUAG